AUGGACGUUUCCGACAGCCCUGAGCGAAACCCCUGCUCUCCUGACGAGGAGGACCAGCAGCUUUCCGAUGACGAAGUCCUGAAGGAGAGCGCUUCAGACCGGGAACUUGAUGGAGAGGGUGGGCAAGGUAGUGUCAUGGGAGAGGAAGAGGAGGAUGCAGCCAGGGGACUGAGUCAUGGUGAAGAGGAGAACCACUCGGAUGAAGAGGACCGCCUAAGUGAAACCAAGUCUCGGGAGUCUGACAAUAACGAGCAGGGUGGGGAACUGAAGAGCCCUGCGCCUCGCAAAGGAGAGGAGGAAGACCGGACAAAUGACCUUGGUGAUGAAGCGUCCUCUGUCACCCGUGAACUAGAUGAGCAUGAGUUGGACUAUGAUGAGGAAGUUCCCGAGGAACCAAGUGCUGCUGCUGCAGAGGAGGAUGGUGAGAAAGCUGCUGGUGAGGAUGAUGAGGAAGAGGAGAAAGGAGAUGAUGCCCAUGAAGAUGAGAAAAAAUCCAGCAGUAAAAGUGACGAUGAAAAGGACGGCCAGGAUUCCCUCAAGGAGAAGAAGAAAGAAGAAGAUGAUGGAGAAAUUGAUGAUGGAGAAAUUGAUGAUGAUGACUUGGAAGAAGGAGAAGUUAAAGACCCCAGCGACAGAAAAGUGAGGCCACGUCCCACCUGCCGAUUCUUCAUGAAAGGUCACUGCACUUGGGGCAUGAACUGUCGAUUUAUUCAUCCCGGUGUGAAUGACAAAGGAAACUACUCGUUGAUCUCCAAGCCUGAGCCGUUCUCCCCGAAUGGAGCUCCUCCUAUCGGCCCUCACCCCCUGAUGCCAGCCAACCCUUGGGGAGGGCCAGUCGUUGAUGAGAUCUUACCUCCACCUCCUCCAGACCCUCCAACAGAAAGUGCCUGGGAGAGAGGACUCCGCCACGCUAAAGAGGUAUUAAAGAAGGCAACUAUAAGAAAAGAGCAGGAGCCUGACUUUGAGGAGAAGAGGUUCACUGUGACUAUUGGAGAAGACGAGCGUGAAUUUGACAAAGAAAACGAGUUUUUCCGCGACUGGAAUUACCGCAUCACCAGAGACGUCAGAGAUCAGGCGGAGGUGGACAUCAAAGAAAACAUUAACUAUGGGCUUGAUCCCUACACAGAUCCUUAUUAUGACUAUGAAAUAGAACGGUUCUGGCGUGGUGGGCAGUAUGAGAAUUUCAGGGUUCAAUAUACAGACCCAGAUCCGUACCGUAACUACAGAGUAAGUAAGGAGAAAGAGAGCGAGAACGAGAGGGAAAGAGAGAACAGACAACGAGAAAGGGAACGCGAGAGGGAGCGAGAGCGGGAACGGGAGCGUCGCCAGCGGGAGCGAGAACGAGAAAGGGAACGGGAGCGUGACAAGGAACGCCAGCGGCGGAAGGAAGAGUGGGAACGCGAGAGAGAACGAGUGAAGAGAGAUGAAAAAGACAGGCAGCACAGGGACCGGGACAGGGACCGAGACCGGGACAGGGACAGGGAACGUGAGAAGGAGAAAGAAAAACCAAAGCCCCGGUCCCCUCUGCUACCAAGCCGUCAGCCUGAGCCACCAAAGAAGGAGAAGGAGGCAACCACCAUUACCACCACUCAGUCGAAGAGAGCGGAUGAAUGGAAGGACCCUUGGCGCCGGUCCAAGUCGCCCAAAAAGAAACUCGGUGUCUCUGUGUCCCUCAGCCGUGCGCGCAGGCGCCGAAAAACCUCUGCUUCUUCAGCGUCCGCUUCUGGCUCUUCGAGGUCCUCUUCUCGUUCAUCCUCCUAUUCUGGUUCAGGUUCCUCGCGAUCUCGUUCCAGAUCAUCUUCCUACAGCUCUUACUCCAGUCGCUCUUCAAGACACAGUUCUUUCUCAGGCAGCAGGUCCAGAUCGCGGUCCUUCUCGUCUUCGCCCUCUGCUUCUCCAACACCUUCGCCGCACAAGCCGCUUGCGAAGGCUAAAGGGGAGUUGUUACCGCCUGCUGGGAAAGGUGAAAAAGCUGUGAAGAAACUAGCUGCCCUUCCAGUCCCUCCGCCACUCACUAAAAUUACACCAGCGGCACCGGAGCCAGCCAAACCCGGGGAUAAUCGAGAGGCGAGAAGGAAGGAACGUCAGACAAGGACUCCACCCCGGAGGUAAGAAAGCUUGGGGGCCAGCGGCGGCGCCAGCGCCAGCAGCUACAGCGGUUCCAGUUCCCGCUCUAGGUCCUUGUCUCGCUCCCUCUCCAGAUCUCAUUCCAGAUCAUCGUCUGCCUCGGUCUCCCACUCCCCAUCUGGGUCCAGGAAAUCCAGGUCCCUGAGCGUGAGCAGCGUUUCUUCUGUCUCUAGUGCCUCCUCUAGCAGCAGCUCCGUACGCAGCGCCGACUCCGAAGACAUGUACGCGGACUUGGCCAGUCCUGUUUCCUCAGCCAGCUCCCGAUCCCCAACCCCAGCGCAGCAGAAGAAAGGUAGAGGAAAGUCAAAAAAAGAAGAUAGCACUAAAGAGGAAAAGCGGAAACGGGAUGUGCCCGCUCAGCUCCUGAAGUCGGCCAAGCCCACCCCGGGGAGCAAAUCACAGCAGCUCCUCCAGACGCAGCAGCCCUCAGCCCCCCAGUCGCAGCAGGGGGGCUUCAGCGCCCACAAAGAGAUCAAACUGACUUUAAAGAAGGCAGCCGACAAAGGAAGCAGGAAGAGAUACGAGCCAGCAGACAAAGACAGGCCGACCUCUCCUCCAGCCAAACGGGCCAACCUGUCACCUGACAGAGGCUCUCGCGACAGGAAGGCGACCGGGAGAGUCUCUUCACCCAAGCAAGAGCGACAGAGGGGCCAGAACCCAAAACCUUCUCCUGCACAGCCAGACAG